AUGCGCCAAGAUGGCAGAGAUUACGGCGAGUUGGCAGUGUACGCUGAGUCAAAGCUGAGUAACAUACUGUUUACUUUUGAAUUGACUCGACGUCUCAAUAAGCAUAAUGUGCUGGGCGUGACUUCUGUGGCUUGCCACCCCGGCAUUACGUCCACGAAUCUGCUAACCCUGGUGCCACAGAAGGAGGAUUCUUUAUUCGCCUUUUGUGGCGCAUUUGUGCGUUUUUGCCUAUUUUCCAAGAUGUAUCGGCCCAUCUUGUACGCUCCCACCGGACCUGAUGUUGAGAGUAAUGACUACUACGGACCUGGUAAUUUCUUUGGAAUGUGGGGUCAGCCGAAGCGUGCUCAGCCCAGUGCCUCGGCUCAUGAUAAAGCUGCUGCAGAAAACCUGUGGAAUGAGAGCGAGCGACUGGCUAAGCUUAGGUUCGACUUGUAG